AUGAAGUCGAUCAAGUUGUCCCAAUUCGUCCGUCUCGCUUCCAUCAUCUCAUCGCUGGCGUUGAUUUUCCUAAUUAGCUCCGCCCAUUUGGAAUUUCUUCCAAUGUACGCCGCCAUCGGAUUCUGCAUCAUUUCGGCCAUCGUCUCAACAGUUCUUCUGAUUUGCGAUGUCGCCCAAAUGAACGGCACCGAUGAAUGGGCGUUCUGGGAAACCAUCUUCAAUUGUGCCCUUUCAUUUCUAUUCCUUAUUAAUACCGCAACAAUGGCAUAUUCAUCUUAUCGAUGGGGACAUUUCAAAUGGAAACUGGCAACCGUAAUCAUUGAUCUCGAUUUAUUCAAUGUUACUUUUUUUUCAAAGGCGUUUUGCUGCUUCGUCUGCUUCGCGUUCGGUCUCGAAGCGAAAACAACAAUCAGCCGACAAAUCAAACAUUUGAGCAAUAACAGAAAUGGUAAAUCAACGGAAAAAAAUCGAGAAUAG